GCACCAUUGGCAGUUGCCUCUACACAGUUACUCCGUAACCUCCUCCUGAUAUUCAUUUAACCGCAUCUUAAGAGAUGUGCUCACGUUUACCAGUGGGGAUUUUUUCACGCAUAUGGAGACCGAUGUGGAGACCGACACAACUAUUCUGCUCGUCUUCCCCCACCAUCACCAAGCUCAGUGAUCACGAAGACGAGUUAGUCGAUUCCAUGGAUUCUAGCGGCGCAGCACCGGAGACGCCGGGGAAGAAGUACAAACUCAGCCAGGGUGGUGAUAUCAACUCGGUGCAAAUACUCGGGACAAACAUUGGAGUUAGGUUCUUUCCCAUGUCAAGCAAUCCUACACGCGAAUGGGGCGUUAUGUUUGUACGUACUCGAAUGCGCCGUCUUCGCUUUACUCCAACUGAUCAAUCAAUGGAGGCGACUGAGAAUAUCAAAACCUCCUCCUGCCGAGUUCAUAUCUUCAAUCCUGUGGUUUUGGCCAGAGCCAAACGUCUCCGACUUGGUGAUCGGGUGUUCAUUACCGGAUACUUAUCUUAUUACAAACGGCCGAGUGAUUUAAUUGUGCCUGGCGACAGCCAUGUCCCAAAAAUUUGCGCUGUGGUCGCCCAGCGUCUUAUCCAAAUGGGCUACGCACCUGUUGAUGAGUCGAGUGCGGCUGAAGACUUUCAGGAUAUGUUAUAACUACUUUCUGUUAGCCCGACUAACCUCAGCGCCACCAGCAUUUCGGUACAUUUGCGAAUCUACAUACUCCUUUUAUACAGAUAUUUUCAUCUCGCCUCUUUGUUUUUGUGCUCAUAUGCUGGUUUUUUCUACUCAAAACUAUUCAUACUACUGCAGUCCCGAAAAUAAACAGACUAGUGUUCCGUCC